UUUUCCAUACACUAUCAUUUCAGCAUGUACAAUAGCAUACAUCACCCAAGUAAAUUGGCUGUGGGGGCAGACUUUCAUUGCAUCAAAUUUAAAAUUGAACCAAAGUGGGAGGAUCCUAUCUGUUCAAAUGGAGGGAAAUGGACUAUGACUUUUCAGAAAGGAAAGUCUGAUACAUGUUGGCUGCAUACGUUGCUUGCAAUGAUUGGAGAGCAAUUCGAUCACGGAGAUGAAAUUUGCGGUGCUGUUGUGAAUGUCAGAGCCAGACAGGAGAAGAUAUCUAUUUGGACCAAGAAUGCAGCAAAUGAAUUAGCCCAGGUGAGCAUUGGGAAACAGUGGAAGGAGUUCCUUGAUUACAAUGAAACCAUUGGAUUCAUAUUUCAUGUAAGGAUUCAUAAUUGGAUUUCAAUUUUGAAUCACAGUCUAUUAAACUGAUUCCAUUCCACAGUUUCUGC